AUGGCGGCUACUGUUGAAAUUCUCAAAAAAAUGCAGAGUGAGAUCACCUGCCGCAUCUGCAGGGACUACUUCUGUGAGCCUGUCACCAUCGGGUGUGGGCACAACUUUUGCCAAGCUUGUCUCUCCUUCAGAUGGAGAAUUGGAGCCCCAGCUUUCUCCUGCCCUGAAUGCAGGCAAGUUUCUCAGGACAAGGAGAUCCCGGUAGUGAACAGGCGCCUAGCAGAGUUGACUGAGCUAGGCAAACACUUCAGCUCCAAACUUUUGGAGAGCAAUGAAGAACAGAGCCAGUGUGUCACUCACAAGAAACCCUUGAAGCACUUUUGUGAAGAUGACCAGACAGCACUAUGUGUGACAUGUUGUGAAACCCCAGAGCAUGGGGCACACAAGAUCUCCUCUGUACAAGAGGCUGCUCACAAAUACAGGAGGGAGCUCCAGCAACUUCAGAUUCGCUUGGGGAAACAUGUGGAGGAAGAUGAACAACUUCUUGAUCAGAUGGAGAGCCCUGCUUAUAAGUGGCUAUAUUUGUUUCGCUGUGAAAAAAGUAAAGUACACACUCUUCUGGAGGAAGAGGAAUCCCGAAGUCUUCAAAGAUGUAAGCAAGAGGAAAAGACCAGGCGGGACAGACUAAAACAGUACAGGCAAAGCCUGCAGGACCUCAUGCUAGAACUGCAGGAAACACGCCACCAACUCAAUCUGGAUCUGCUGCAGGAUGCCAAGCAGCUGCUGAGAAGGUGUGAGGCUGUGUUGGCCCAAAGGGUCAAGGCUGUCAUCCCAGUACUGGAAGAAUAUUAUAUCCCUGGCCUGAUAGAGAUACUCAACAAGUUCAGAGUGGAUCUUACCCUGGAUCCCACAUCAGCUCAUUCCUCUGUGACUGUUUCAGAGGAUCGCAAGAGUGUCAAGGCUGGAGAAGGCUGGCAGGUGGAGACCAAGUUUCCUGAUGACUUUCCUCGCCAUUACGUCUUAGCUGAGCAGUCUUUCAGCUUAGGCAACCAGUACUGGGUGGUGGAUGUGACUCAACUCUCACAGUGGACUUUGGGGAUCUAUACCCCACACAUGAGGACCAAGGAAGGAAUGGAGGUGAAUUCUGCCGUGAUCCUGCUUCACUGUGUCAAGAAGGAAGGGGAAUACUAUUUACAGACAUAUCCUGGAUCACUGAACCAUCGAAUGAAAGGCCCUCUACGUUGGAUUGGGGUGUACCUGCGUGGUUUGCCUGGCACCGUUGUCUUUUACAAUGUUCUGCGGCGCACCCUCAUUUACAGGUUCAGUGCUUUGAUCUUCAGAGGGCCUGUUACUCCCGUAUUUUCUCCUGGUCCCCCACUUCCAGGAACAAAUCCAGGUCCCAUGACUCUCUUUCCAGCAGACGCUCAUCUUUGUGCUUGCUGCCAUUCUCGUGUCUGA